UUGGGAUCUUGGAUGGUUUGCGGUCUCUCCACGGCUCCGCGGUGCAAAUGUCAAUCGCGAAAAGUGAUACAACAAUAAUAAUGGAGGCGUGUAAUGCCGUUGAGCGCGAGGUGGAUAAAGUUCUGUCGAAAUUCGGUGCGAUAAACGAACAUGCGGAGACAGUGCUGCACGACCUGAUAAAUCACAUUCAGUCCCUGAAAAAGGAUCUGGAAGAAGCGCCACCUAAUCAAGAACUAACGGCUGGUCAAGUACAGAUGUUAAAGCAAGCGAUGACAAAAGUACGUGAUACUGUACAAAGACUGGCGACAGACCACCGCGAUUUGCACAGUACGGUGUCCAAGGUAGGUAAGGCGAUAGACAGAAAUUUCAUUGCCGAUUUCGCAAGUACCAGCAGGGAAGAUGUGUUUUCCGGGCCUGAGAAAUCUCACCUCCUGAAUCAAAUAAUCUGCCAGCACUUUUAUCGCCAAGGGAUGCUGGACAUUGCUGAUGAAUUAGCAGUGGAAGCUGGCAUCAAAACCGACGAAGGCAGGAAGGAACCAUUCACAGAAUUGAAUUAUAUAUUAGAUUGUCUAAAACAGAGAAACCUUGAACCGGCAUUAGAUUGGGCUAAGAAACACAGAGAAGCACUUUUAGCACAGAAUUCUUCUCUCGAGUUCAAGUUACACAGAUUACAUUUUAUAAGAUUAGUCCAACAAGGCCCUAGCAAGCAGAGAGAAGCGAUAUUGUACGCCCGCCAAAAUCUCACACAGUUCGUCGGACGUUACGAGAAAGAAGUACAAUCUCUAAUGGGGACGUUAUUGUACUUGCCGCAUGGAAUCCAAUCGUCUCCCUACAGUCACUUAUUAGACCCAACUUUAUGGCUCGAGAUACACGACGUUUUCACUAAAGAAGCGUGUACAUUACUAGGUUUAAGCGUGGAUAGCCCAUUAUCUGUUUGUAUCAACGCAGGAUGCACUGCGCUACCUGCGCUAUUAAAUAUCAAACAAGUCAUGCAGCAGAGGCAGGUCACCGGUAUCUGGAGCGGUAAAGAUGAGUUGCCCAUCGAGAUAGAUCUGGGAAAGCAGAGCCGUUAUCAUUCAGUCUUUGCCUGUCCCAUACUCAGGCAACAAAGCACAGAGAACAAUCCACCGAUGAAACUGGUUUGCGGUCACGUAAUUUCCCGAGACGCGCUGAACAAGCUCGCCAAUGCAAAUAAAAAUCAAUUUAUUUCCAGGUUGAAAUGCCCGUACUGCCCGGCGGAGCAGAAUCCUGAGGAUGCGAGACUUAUUUACUUUUAAGCUGUGAUAUACUACCUAUACAUAUAGUAAUAUAUACAUAUAUAUGUAAUAUGUGUGUGUGCGUGUGUGUGUAUAAGGAAUAUAUACACAUGUAAAAGAGUUAGUUUUGCAGUUUCUUUGUAACGAAUUAUACCGAAUGCAAAAGAACAAUACAAGUUACAUGCAAUAACCGGAGAAUUGUAAAUCCAUAUUUACAUUUGUCAUCAAGAAUCUAUUACUGAAACUGUUUCCGUUCAUCGUAAUAUCAAGAUCGACCAUUCACUUAAAUGCAGAUAUAAGUGCAAUCAAUUCGCAGUCUUUUUUUUCUUUUUCAAGGAAACUGUUCUGAAAUAUCUGAAGAAAAACGGAGGAACUGUGAUAGUUUUAAUAUUCGUGGGAUAGUUGUAAUUAUACAGUUAUAUAUUGUUGGUUAGACAAUUUAUAUAUAUUACUCUAGUGUAUAAGUGACUUCAGCUUUUUAUGCGAGUGAUGACUUAAGAGCCAUGAAUGUUUAACGAUGCCUAACAAAUUUGUUAUAAGAUUUUCGUAAAGUUAUCCGUUUCUCAUUUCGAUUGUAUGUACUGGCUUGGCUAUAGUUAAAUGAAGAGAUCAUUUUGUAAA